GAAGCUUUUUGGUUUCCUAUAAUAUGCAAUUUCUUGCCUUUCUCACUUUGGCUCUUCCGAGUUCCCAAUCGUUACAAAAGAUCCCAUUUUUUUUUUAGAGGCUGAGUCAACUCGGCUCUCUCUCUCUCUCUCUCUCUCUCUCUCCAUAUCUCUGAAUCAGCUCUCUGUCUUUUUUUCUCUCUGUUUUAAGGCCCUAAGCAUUCGGGUUUUGGAGUUCUUGUAGUUCUAAAGGUUUUUUUGGAGGUGGGAAUUCCUCCUUAUCCACAUAUUCUUUUUUUUUCUCCCCCUUUUUGGUUCAAAUUAGUCUUCAUUUACUUUGUCGUUGUUUCUGUUUCUCUUUUGGGAAGUUUUUGGAUUUUUUGAUUGUUUCUUCUGGAAAAGAAGUACAUUUUCGAAUUGGGAAAAUUUUGGAUUUCUUAUGGGGUUUUGAAGAAUCGAUCUGUUUGUGAGGUUUUGGGGGCAGAGUACAGCAGAGGAUGAAGAACUCGAAGAGGAAGAAGAAAGAGUCGGGUGACUCGGACGAGUCGAGUUUCCCAGAUGAAGUUUUGGAACGAGUUCUGAGCUUGGUUAAGUCCCACAAAGACAGAAGCUCUGUUUCUCUGGUUUGUAAGGAAUGGUACAACGCCGAGCGCUGGUCCCGGACCCACGUCUUCAUCGGAAACUGCUACUCUGUCUCGCCGGAAAUUGUAAUCCGCCGGUUCCCCAACAUCCGGAGCGUCACCAUUAAAGGGAAGCCCCGGUUCUCGGAUUUCAAUCUCGUGCCUCCCAAUUGGGGAGCCGAUAUCCAUUCCUGGCUCCUUGCCUUCGCUUCCAAAUCCCCAAUUCUCGAAGAAUUGAGGCUCAAGAGGAUGGCCGUCACAGACGAGAGCUUGGAAUUUCUGGCUCGUUCCUUCCCAAAUUUCAAAUCCAUUUCACUCAUGAGCUGCGAUGGCUUCAGCACCGAUGGGCUUGCCGCCAUUGCCACACACUGCAAGAACUUGACGGAGCUUGACAUACUUGAGAAUGACAUUAUUGACAAAAGUGGAAAUUGGCUGAGUUGCUUCCCGGAUACAUUGAAAUCUCUGGAAGUACUAAAUUUUUCCAGUUUGAACAGCGAUGUCAGUUUCGAGGCCCUCGAGAAGCUGGUAAGAAGGUGCAAAUCAUUGAAGGUUUUGAAGGUUAAUAGGAACAUAAACUUGGAACAGUUGCAGAGGCUGCUUGUUCACGUUCCGCAGUUAACUGAGUUAGGCACGGGCUCUUUUUUGCAAAAGAUCACUCUUCGGCAGUACUGUGACCUCGAAGAUGCGUUUAAGAACUGCAAGAAUCUGCAUACCCUCUCUGGUUUGUUGGAGUCGACGGUGUUGUAUCUCCAAGUUCUGUUUCCUGCCUGCACGAAUUUAACUUUCUUGAAUCUGAGCUACGCAACUCUGCAUGGUGGCGAACUUGCAGGACUUCUUUCCCACUGUCCCGUUCUUCGUCGCCUUUGGGUUUUAGACACAGUUGAAGACAAGGGCCUGAAGGCUGUUGGAAUAAGUUGCCCCUUGCUAGAGGAACUCCGUGUAUUUCCAGCGGAUCCGUAUGCUGACAAUCUAGUUCACGGUGUAACCGAGUCUGGGUUUCUUGCUGUCUCUUAUGGCUGCCGUAAACUCCAUUACGUUCUCUACUUCUGUCGCCAGAUGACGAAUGAGGCUGUAGCCACCAUUGUGCAGAACUGCCCAGAUUUCACCCAUUUUCGUCUCUGCAUCAUGAACCCUGCCCAACCAGACUAUCUCACAAAUCAAUCAAUGGACGAGGCCUUUGGUGCUGUGGUGAAAACUUGCUCGAAACUACGUAGACUUGCCAUUUCAGGCUUGCUAACGGACUUAGCAUUUGAAUACAUCGGUAAAUAUGCGAAAAACUUGGAAACUCUUUCAGUGGCUUUUGCUGGAAAGAGCGACUAUGGAAUGCAGUGUGUUAUGAAUGGUUGUCCAAAGCUGAGGAAACUGGAAAUUAGAGACAGCCCCUUUGGAAAUGCUGCAUUGCUUUCGGGUAUGGAGAGGUACGAAUCCAUGAGAUCGCUAUGGAUGUCUGCCUGCAAGGUGACAAGGAAUGGGUGCCGAAUUCUGGCAAAGCAGGUGCCUAGGUUGAAUGUCGAGGUCAUCAAGGGUGACAGCUGCGGGAGUGAUGAGGCUGAAAGCGUUUACGUAUAUCGCUCUGUUGCUGGUCCAAGAAAAGACGCCCCAUCCUGCGUCCUCACCCUCUAAAUGUUUAGGCGAAAGUAGUGAUUAACUGUGGCACCAUAUCCGUUUCCAAGAUGGAGAAUCGCAGAGAGAAGGAAAGGCAGAAAAUUUUGGAAAUGUGUUUGAUAAUAAGGCUUUAAAGAGAGUGGAUCGCCAAUCCGGCUGAGGUGUAUCAAAGCAAUUGCUGAAACCAGAAAAUGGGAAGAUGGAAGAUUCUGAAAUGGAUUCAAACAGUCGAAAAGAGAGAUGGUUGGAGUUGGAGGCUGUUUCUUCUGUUCCCAUGGAAGGGGAAAAUCCCAACUGGUUUCUGAGUAAUGAUUAUUAUGGAGGGUGGGUUUAGGAGUUGGAAUAAUUGAAUUUCUUCCUUUUUUUUCUCUUUUCUUUUUAAUUUCAAAAUCAUAGUGGUUGGACAUUAGACUUACAUCCAAUGUGCAAGAUCAGCCAAAUCUUUAUUCAUGGUGAUGAAUGUGAGAAAACAAAAGUUACAAAA